UUCAACAGUUCAAAAUUCAUACCUUUCUCGGCCUUUUGGCUAAGAUCAAGUGUAGUAUCUGUUCUUAUCAGUUUAAUAUCUGAUAUGUGGGCCAUUGGCCCGCACGAUAUUAAAUUUAUUUUUUGAAGGGGAGAUCCCAAUGCAGUAGCUUGCUACUGGGGUUCUCAAGCGUCGUCCUUGUUUUGCACUAUAGCAUGGGCCUGGCGCACCCUAUAACAUAAGUUUAAAUAUCUUUAAUGUUUUAGUUUCUGGUAAUUUUGUUGCUUGAAUCUUUUCUGUUGGUUUCAUAAAUGCUGAAAUCUAUGGUCUAUACUGUGCAGUGUGAAACCAGAGAUCUUAAAAAUUGUUGGGAUCAUCAGGUGCUCUGUUAUGAAACCUGUGUUCUAAUUCCUUGAAACUUCUUUGAAAGCUUUUAUUCCUUCUGCAUGAAUCUGCUUGCCAGCCUUUGUCUACUUUGUGGUUGACAUACCACCACAAACUAAAGGGCUCUAUCAUGUUCAAUUUACGUUGUUGAUGUUGUGUUGUGCAUGGUUGUUUUAAAUCGUAAGCUUCUUUUUAUUACUGGGUGACACUUGUUAGUAGUCUGUAUUUAUCAUUUAUAACGGGAUUAGUUUGGGGAAUACCAAGGGUAUAGGUUAGUGGAACAAUGCUGAAAAUGAAAUAUGACUCUUUGAAUUUAGCCACCUUUAAGUGUGGAAACUUAGAAGUUCAUAGAAGGGGGAAGGACAAUAAAGAAACAGAACUUUUUGUUUAAUUUAGAUUGGUUGUUGGGAUCUCGUGUUUUUAUUGCAAACAUAUAAUUUGAAUAAUUGUCUCUUGGUUCUUGCUUUUGAAGAUCUUUUUUUUAUUUGCAUAUGUCCUUUCAUCUUUCAUUGUUACUGUUAAUAGUAUUUAUACAAUGUUUUCAUUAAUUUAUUCGCAGAUGGCUGAUGACCAUCCUUAUGUUAUUCCUGAAAUGGAUCCUAUUCUAAGGAAACAAAUUCAGGAGUGUAACUGGCAGAUUGUUAAUGUUACAACUCCUGCAAAUUUUUUCCAUGUUUUACUGUGGCAUUUUUGUAGUUGGUACAGUGAUUUGAUUGAUGUUGGCUUUGUCACUUAAAUUUGUGUUGAUUUAUUUUCUCAUUGUUUCUUUUUGUUUUCUUGCAGAUACAUAGAGAAUUCCGUAAGCCUCUCAUUGUGAUGCCAGCUAAGAACCUGCUUCGUAGUAAGACUUGUAGAUCAAAUUUAUCAGAGUUCGAUGAUGUUCAAGGACACCCGGGUUUUGACAAACAGGGAACUUGAUUUAAGCGCCUCAUUAAAGACCAAAAUAAGCACUCAGAUGUUGAGGAGGGUAUCAGACGUUUAGUACUCUGCUCUGGAAAGGUUUACUAUGAACUUGAUGAACAACGAACAAAGGAAGAUGCAAAGGAUGUUGCAGUAUGUAGGGUGGAAAAGCUUUGUCCUUUCCCUUAUGAUUGUCCAACGAGAGCUCAAAAGAUAUCCAAAUGCGGAGGUUGUUUGGUGUCAAGAAGAGCCAAUGAACAUGGGUGGAUACACUUAUAUUUUACCCCGACUCAUAACUUCCAUGAAGGCUGUAGGUAGGGGAGGUUAUGAAGAUGUCAAAUAUGCUGGUCGUGCUCCCUCUGCAGCCACAGCUACUGGUUUCCUCAAGGUUCACCUUAACGAGCAGGCUGAGCUAGUUCAGAAAGCCAUUCAACGUGAGCCAAUCAAUUUCCCUUUACUGAGGCAUAGCAUAUACAUUGUUUCUCCAGAGUGAUGAAGGCAAUAAUUGGAGGUAGCUUAUUUUGCUUUUCACUUUUAUGUGUUCUGCCUUUGACAAGAUGUCAGGUAAGCCGAAAUUCAAGGUGUAUACUGUUUACUUCCGCUGAGGUAAUUUUUUCCUAUGUUACUAAGAGGCGAAACUUGAUUAUCCUCCAAUAAAAAUUGUUUAGUUUGUGAUUA